AUGAUCAAGCGUUGGCUCUCAUCACCCGGCGGAAGCACGAACAGCAUGAUCAAGGACACCAGUACACUGGCGCUCAACGUCAUCUCUUCGGUCGCUUUCGAGAAUACAGAAGUCAAUGAACCGACACUAGGUCACCAACUGUCACUUCGCGAUGCACUAGUAACGGUGAUGGGUACUUCAAUCUCACCGGCUAUAGAGGGUAUUAUGCUACUCUUCAAACUGCCCAUACUCGAAUCGUUACUUCCAACUAGUACUAAGAGACUGCUACUCGCCAUGCGUGAGUUCCGGCAGUACAUGGACGAAACCGUCGUGAAAGAGCGAUCAAAAGUGGCCAGCGGGCAAUCCAAAGCUGCUACACUCAUCAGCACGCUCAUCAGGGCAAACGACGAAGCCAAGUCUGGAAGCGGAGUUUCGAAGUCCAAACUCUCGGAUGUUGAGAUCAGAGGCAAUGUCUUUAUCUUCACAGUUGGUGGACUGGAGUCUACAUCUAUCACGCUAUCAUAUGCAUUGGCGCUACUGGCUGUGUACCCUGAGGUCCAAGACUGGGUAGUGGAAGAGCUAGAUGAAGUUCUGAAAGACGAAGCAACUGAUGACCCGGAGUAUGCAAGAGUAUUCCCUCGACUAAAGAGGGUAAUGGCUGUCAUGUACGAAACGCUACGUCUCUACAGUCCUUCGCCGCCUCUUCCGCGUUUACCCUUUCCUGCACAUCCCCAGCGUACUAUCCCACAGACCAGUUUAGAAUCCAAGAAAGCCCAUGAGAAUAUCGUCCUUCCGGCUAACACCCAAAUCAUGCUCAACUCAUGGGCUUCUCACACCUCAUCCGCCAACUUCCCCGAUCCGCUUACUUGGAACCCGAAGCGCUGGAUUCAGUCGCAAUCCGCCGGUAGUAGCAGGGUAACUCUACCCGAGAUACUGUCUGCUGAAGAACUCAGGCACCCAACGAGUGGUAGUGGAUUCUUCGCAUGGGGGACUGGCCCGAGGAUCUGCCCAGGGAUGAAGUUUAGUAAGGUGGAGUUUUGCAGUGCGUUGAGUAGCGUCCUGGAAAAGGUCCGGGUUGAAGUGGUGUGUCAAGACGGCGAGACGGUGGGUGUGGCUGGACAGAAGGUGCCAGAAAAGUUGGAGUUGAGAGUUGUCGAGCGCUGA